UUAGGAUUUUAAUCUUAUAUGUAUACUUCAAUUCCUAUAAGAAUUCAAUCUCUUUCUCUCUCUCCCUUUAUAUACAUAUACACCCGAUUUUGUAAUAAAAAAGGGAUUUGUAUUAUUCUGUUUCGUUUUCCUUCUCGGGGUUAGAGAAAGGAAAACGGUUAUCUGUUUACGUCUCUGUUGGAGUGAGAGACAGAGAGACAGAGAGACAGAGAGAGAGGAGAAUUUGCAAGCUUCAUGCAGACAUGAAACUUUCUCAAACGAAGAGAACGACAAUCAUCAAAUUCUUCCUUCUAUCUCUCUUCCUCUCUAUCCCUUUCCUACUUAUCCUUCUCUCUUUCAACUUUCAGCUCCGCCGUACCACAACCACCACCAGCACCAAAACCACCUCUGAAAAACAAGGUCUUAGAAUCCGACCCGGAUACUCGUCCUACGACGCUUACAUACAACGCCAGCUCAACAAGACCUUGAAUCCAAAACUCCGACAAAUAUGGACGACCCGAGAUUGGGACCGGAAGAUCCGAGUGUUCGCCAGGUUUUUCCAGGAGAUGAAGGAGAAGAAGCUGCUGUGGAACGAGUCAAGAAGCCUGUGCAUCGGGGCCCGAGUGGGUCAGGAAGUGGAAGCGCUGCGUCGGAUAGGAGUGAAGGACUCGGUGGGGAUGGAUCUGGUGCCGUACCCGCCGCUGGUGGUGGGAGGUGAUUUCCACCACCAGCCGUUCGGUGACGGAACUUUUGAUUUCGAGUUCUCGAACGUGUUCGACCAUGCGCUGUACCCGGAGAAGUUCGUUGCGGAGAUCGAACGCACGUUGAAACCCGGUGGGGUUUGCGUGCUACACGUGGCGUUGUCUCGUCGUUCCGAUAAAUACUCGGCCAACGACCUGUACAGUGUGAAACCCUUGGUGGAGAUGUUCAGGAAGUCGGAGGUUGUCCACGUCAGGAAGGUCGAUGGGUUCGGGUUGGACACCGAGGUUGUCUUCCGUAAAAAGAACCUCACCCGUUAAGUCUUUUGUCAUUCCUAUUUUGGCCUCUCCUCUCCUCUCCUCUUUGUUCAUUAAGCUUCCAAUUUUUGUUUGUUUUAUUUAUUUAUUUUUUUUCAUACAUAUAUUUCAAUGAAAAUUAAAUUAUUUUGAUCA